UUAAUUAAUCGUGUCCCCUUCCUCCUUCCGUGUUCCACAAAACCCUAGGGAGGAGAAAAACCCAAAGCCUCUGGGGAUCUGUUGCUGCGUGUGUAAUACUGAACAGAAAAAAACAUCGAAAAGAAGAGAAAGAAUGGUGAUAGAAAGUUACGUCGUGGUGCACAACAUUGCUAAGAGGCACAACGUGGGCACUCUGGCCCGAAGCGCCACCGCAUUUGGCGUGACGGAGCUAAUACUUGUCGGCCGUAGGGACUUCAAUGCAUUUGGUAGCCACGGCUCUACCUCUCACCUCCGAUUCCGCCAUUUCCACUCUCUUCUCGACGCCCGCAAUUUUCUCAAGGAGAAGGAUUGUGACAUUUGUGGUGUGGAGAUAGCUGAUGGUGCUUUGCCUGUAAAUGAGCAUCCUUUCAAGAAGAGCACGGCUUUCCUUCUCGGCAACGAGGGAACAGGCCUAUCUGCCAAAGAAUGUGAGAUUUGCGACUUUUUUGUUUAUAUCCCACAUUAUGGGUGUGGCACAGCCUCAUUAAAUGUUACUGUAGCAGCUUCCAUUGUUUUGCACCAUUUUGGAGUUUGGGCAGGCUUUUCUGAGAGAAUCCGUGAGGGAAAUAAGUUUAUUGUGGCAGAGAGACCCGUGAAACAGGGGAGAUACUGCACAGAAACUGAAGAGUCCAUCAUUGAAGAGCGAAAAUCUAGAAAAGAACAUGCCUGUAAUGGAUUUUUUGAUGAGACGAAAAAUGGAGAUUCAACUUCGAAUCUUCUGGAUGCUUUGUUUAGUGAAUAGUAAUUGUACGCUUAUGUCAUUUUCUCAACCUUACAAAACAAAUUUAUGUCGUGCUAUUAAUGAGACGAGAGAUCACGGGUCCUUGUUCCUCAAAUGUUGUAAAGGAGCAGCAAGCAGCUUAUACCAGUCAGUGCAGAGAAAAGCGUAUCCUCAUUGAAGGUUUGUUUGUGCGUUAAAUUGUUUAAAGGAACUUCGCUGAUAGGGUUAAAAACCGUUGUUGAUUAGCUCCUCAAGGGUGUGAACAGUAGCUGAUAUUAAAUGUUGAAAUCCACUUGAGCAGGCAUUGGUAAGGAUAUUUAAAAGGGUGUAGGUGUGGAAAGAAAAAAACAGACGCAUGAUUUGGUGAACUUGAUUAUUACCUUGUUCUACUUUCAGUUCAGUUUCCUUGUUUGUGUCUCGAAUAUUAACUUGUAUACGAGUCUUGUUUCUGUAACCCAUUUUUAUGUAAUUUUUAUUGGAAUUUGAACUCAAGAGGUUACAAGUUUGAUUUAA